AUGGAUCCUGCAGGCCUGCCUACGUCCAACCAUCCGCAAUCACAAGCUGUACAGAACGAUGGUCCUGCUGUUCCUCACGGUGAGAGUCGAUGGGUCAAGAGGCCACCUUUGAGGCGUACACCAAAGUUUCGCAGAAUUCCAGGCUUCUCUGACGAUGACAGCGACGACUCGGAUGAUGACAGCGAUAGCAUAUUUUCUUCCAGCGUUGUCUUUCCCUUGAGUCAACACAUCAUAGGCUCUGACGACCCUGACAGCUCCUCCGAUUCGGACGAAGACGACGACCUCGCUCAGGCGAUCCGGUGUGCGCCCGUACGCGUGGAGUUACGACCAGGUACUGCAAGUACGUUCGGACUACCGAGUUUACGUCCCCCAUCACCAUUACCUUUGCCUACUUCUCCACCCUGCGCGACAACAGAAGAAGUCGAUAUCUUCUCUAUACCUCCCUCGUACCAUGGUUUCUCUUAUAAUGCCCUGGCUUUAGUCAGAAAGGUCUGGAAUACCCGCUGCCGCCAGUUUUCGCACUGCCCCACGGAGAGUGACCCCGUCAAACCUAACGCUCAUACAAGUUAUGCUGGACUAUUCCCACCAACAUGUUCCCCAACGCGUGGUUUUUUCCAUUCGACAGAUACUCCCAGCAACGACUAUCGCCAGAUCCCACCAUUCCCGCGUGUGGCCUCGUCUAAUCCAAACGUACCCAUUUACCCUCGCAUCGGUGAUAUUUCCAGCUUGCGCGACGACGAUCCUGCCGCCUUGGACCGUGUUUUCUGUCACUUUCCUCUGUAUACCAUACGCAAGACUCUGUAUCUCCACGAUGUCCAACAGCAAGGACAAGGCGAUACCCAUAAUCUCCACUUGCCCUAUUCGGAUUCAUCUACCGGGAGUGACGACGAGCAGACGUUGGUCGGGGAAGAACCGUCUUGCAAGCGUGUCAACGACAAUUUCAGCGCAAAUGUCGUAUCCGACUCGAUGUUCUUGCCACUGACGGCGCGUCGGUGGCAAUAUGACUGGCUGCUGCGCUGGCAAACACACAUGGAUCCGUCUAGUCAAGAAUAUCCCCCCUCCCCAUCGCUUGUUCUUGAUAUCUCGGAGACCCAAACGUACCCAUUCGGGGAAGAAGUGGACGAUUUGGCCGACUUCGAGCGACUGGACAUGUAUGACCAACCUGAGCGACCUACAUCUCCCAAAUUCUUCUUCGCGAGCGAAGAGGACGAUGAAGCUGCUGACGAUUUGUAUGUAUCCUUACCCCAUCCGCCCAGCGAGGGCCUCUUUUCUUCCUGUCACAUGGCGGCGAUUGCGACAUAG